AGACCAGCGUCACUGCCUCUCUGGAAAUUAGGUUUAAAUUGACUAAUUUUGAAUUUGAGCUCGUUAUUGCGAAAGUAUCUAUGUAAAAUGUGCAUUAUUAUAGAAAAACAUCAAAUGUUACAGGCAUGUCUCGUGAUGUAUUUUGGUGCGGUGGGCGGCGUCAAACUCAUGAAACGAAACUAAAGCCAGUUGCUGGCUGCUCCCUUCUGAGGAAGCAAGAUGUCGAUUAUCCCAUGAAGAUUCCCUUGGGAGAACAGGGGAGAUAUCACCACCAUGAAUGGAAAGGGGUCCCCUGUGACCCCCGGUACACAAGAUUCACCUUCAGAGAUGAUGCUAUCCAGACAAGAGCUUAAAGCAACAAUACAUAAUACACAUACUGAACCUGUUUCAUCAGAUAACACAUCUCACAAUGACCCAACAUCCAAGACUAUAAACAAGUCAGUACGACCAGCAUCUCUUGGAUCUAGCUGUGUAUCCAUGAAGAGCAACUUUUCAUUGGAUGCUCCACCAAACCUUCAGAAUGAAGAUGCACACAGUUCAGUCCUGGAGGAGAGAAACAAAUCACACUUACUAGUUCCCAGCUGUUUGUCCAUGAAGAGUAACCAGUCUAUGGAUCCACCCAUAAAAUUAGACAGAGAACUUCCACCAGAACCAACGUUCGACCAAUCAGAGGCUGAACACAUAAACAUUGUAGAGGGUCAGAUGGGGAAUGCAGUCUUCAAAUUAAAUCUGCUGAAGAAGUAUCAGUUUUUGUAUGAGGGAAUAUCAAAGCAGGGAAACCCAACACUAUUGAAUGAGAUUUACACAGAGCUCUACAUCACAGAGAGUGAAAGUGGAGAGAUCAGUAAUGAACAUGAGGUGAGACAGAUUGAGACACAAUCCAGAAGAACAACAACAGAGGAGACACCAAUCAAAUGUAAUGACAUCUUUAAACCUUUACCUGAACAACACAAACACAUCAGAAGUGUGAUGACAAAGGGAGUCGCUGGCAUUGGAAAAACAGUCUCUGUACAGAAGUUCAUUCUGGACUGGGCUGAAGAGAAAGAGAAUCAGGACGUCCACCUCAUAUUUCCACUUCCUUUCAGAGAGAUCAAUUUGAUGAAGGACAAAACACUCAGUCUUUUAGAUCUUCUUCAUCUUUUCUUCCCAGAGACAAAAGAAAUGGAAAUCUUCAGUGAUGAAUAUAAAGUGUUGUUCAUCUUUGAUGGUUUGGAUGAGUGUCGUCUGUCUCUGGAUUUUCACAGCAGUGUGAGGUUGUGUGAUGUAAAUGAAUCAACCUCAGUGGACGUGAUGCUGACAAACCUCAUCAAGGGGAAUCUGUGUCCCUCUGCUCUCAUCUGGAUCACCUCCAGACCAGCAGCAGCUGAUCUCAUCCCCUCUGAGUGUUUUGAUCGAGUCACAGAGGUACGAGGCUUCAGUGAUCCACAGAAGGAGGAAUACUUCAGGAAGAGAAUCAGUGAUGAGAGUCUGUCUGAUCAAAUCAUCUCACACCUGAAGUCAUCCAGGAGUCUCUACAUCAUGUGCCACAUCCCAGUGUUCUGCUGGAUUUCAGUCACUGUUCUAGAGAGAAUAUUGAGUGAAACAGAGAGAAGAGAGAUCCCCAAGACUCUCACUCAAAUGUACACACACUUCCUGAUCAUUCAGACAAACAUCAAACAUCAGAAGGACUAUGAGAAGGAAGAUGAAGACAUGAUCUUCAAACUGGGUAAACUGGCUUUUGAGCAGCUUGUGAAAGGCAAUCUGAUCUUCUAUGAUGAAGACCUGAUGGAGUGUGGCAUUGAUGUAGCAGAAGCAUCAGUUUACUCAGGAUUGUGUACUCAGAUCUUCAGAGAGGAGUUUGGUUUGUAUCAGGGAAAAGUUUACUGCUUUGUUCAUCUGACCAUACAGGAACAUCUAGCAGCUCUAUAUGUGCACACGUCUUUUAGCCGUGGAGAUACGGGUAUACUUAAUUAUUGGAAAACAUCUAACAUUGCCACCUGCUUUAAAUGUUCUAGUCUUCCCGAUUUACACAAGUCUGCGGUGGACAAGAUGUUGCAAAGCAAAAAUGGACACUUUGAUCUUUUCCUCCGCUUUCUCUUGGGUCUCUCGCUUGAGUCAAACCAGGCUCUUUUGCACCACAUACUACCACAAUUAUCAGUUGUUUCUUCCACCAGUGUGACAGAAACCACAGACUACAUAAAGAUUCGAAUCAGGAUGAAUCUCCCCCCAGAAAAAUACAUCAGCCUGUUCCACUGCCUUAAUGAACUCAACGACUUUUCAUUAGAAGAGGAAAUACAAAGUUUCCAAAAAAGCAGACGACUCUCCAAAACCAAGCUGUCGGCUUCACAGUGGGCGGCUCUGGUGUUUGUCCUCCUGUCAUCUGACAACAGAUUGGACGUGUUUGACCUCAGGAAAUACAGCGUGAACAAUGCAGAUGAAUGCUUGGAGAGGAUGUUACCUGUUGUCUUGGCAACCAAAACUGCUGAGGUCAGACAUUGCAACCUAUCCGACAAAGGUUUCCAGGCACUGAGAUCAGCGCUCAGCUCAAAGUCCUCCAAUAUUAAACACUUGAAACUCAGUGGAAAUGUCCUGUGUGGUUCUGGGAUGAAGAUUUUAUCAGAUGGGUUGAAGAAUCUGCACUGUAAACUUGAGACACUAGAAUUAUCUGAGUGUGGUAUAACUGCUGGAGACUGUUCAUUAUUAUCAGCAGCUCUUAAUGUAAAUCCUUCACAUCUGAUCGAUCUUGACCUGAGCUUCAAUCACACUGGAGAUGCAGGAGUGAGACAAUUAUCACAAGUACUGAAGAAUCCAAACUGUGUGCUGCAGAAAUUAAAACUUGUGAGCUGUAAUCUUACAAGAGAGAGCUGUCUAUCUCUGUCUGAGGCGUUGAGCACAAACUCCUCUCUUGUGGAUUUGGACUUGAGUAAAAAUUACUUACGGGAUUCAGGGUUGAAGUUUCUCUGUGAUGGACUGAAGAGUCCUCUCUGUAAACUGAAAACUUUAUGUUUGGAGGACUGCAGUUUCACAAAAAACGGCUGUGGAUUUCUGUGCACGGCUUUGAGAUCAAACCCAUUUCAUCUGACUGAACUCCGUCUGAACAGAAACAUGAUACAAAACUCAGGAGUGGAGAUGCUCUCUCCUUUACUGAAGGAGACACAAUGUAAACUAGAGAGACUGAGGUUGUCAUACUGUGAAAUCACAGAAGGGGGCGGUGCUGCUUUGGCAUCAGCUCUCACAUUAAACCCCGCCCACCUCAGAGAGCUGGACCUCUCCGGGAACAAACUGGGUUCAGCGAAGAAGCUGCUCACCGCCCUGCAAGAGCAUUCAGAUUAUAGACUGGAAAAACUUAAGAUAGACCGAUGAACCCAGAGCUGACACAGAGACCUAUUUCACUACAAAUAAAUAAGAACAAAAUAAAAGUUAAUUAAUGGAUAUAUAUAUUUUUUAUAUAUUCAGUCAUUAUUUUUUAAUUGAAUUUAAAGUUUUGCAUUAAAAAGAACAAUUUCAUAAAGAGUUAAUUUUGUAAGUAAAACUGCCAUUUGAUAAAAUCUGGCCAAGUGCUGUGAACAGCUGCCUGUUUCACAAAAAUAAAGGUGCUUAAAAGGUUCUUCACAGCAAUGAAGAAGAACCAUUUUUGGUUCCUCAAAGAACUAUUCAGUCGAAGGUUAUUUAAAGAACCAUUUUUAUAUCUUUUAAUAAUAUAAAGAACAUUUCUUUCACUGCAAAGAACCGUUUUCUAAACAAAAAUGUUUUUUAGAUGUUAAAGGAACCAUUCAGCAAAAUGGUUCUUCUACACUCUCAGAAAUAAAAGUACAAAAGCUGUCACUGGAGCUGUACCCUUUCAAAAACUUCAGCUUUGUUCCUAAAAAAAGUAUAUUAGUACCUUAAAGAUACAUAUUUGUAUCAAAUGUAUACAUAUCUGUAAAUGGUCCUUUUCAAAGGGUACCGUCCAAAUGAUAGCUUUUGUACCUUUAUUUCUUAGAGUGUAUUUUGUACCUUUAAAGGUACAGUUAACUGUUUUGAACCCCUAAAAUUUAACUGUACAUGAUUUUUCCUUAAGGUACACAAUAGGUCCAUAGAAUGAUUGAACGGAGUAUUUAUCCUUGUUCUGUGAUGUGACAUGUAGACAAACAUUUUUAUUGUUUGAGUCUGUAAUGCCUUAGAAGCUUCCUAAAAACCUCUCUCAGAUAGCUCUAUUAGGGUGGGGAAUUUUAAACAAGUGGUUUGGCACCUAUUUGGCUCCCCCUACUGGCCUAACUUGCAAUCUCAUUACUGAUUGGCUGACUUUGCUGCCACUCAAAAAAUGUAGCCAAUUAUUUUAAAGUGGAGGGGCAGUGAGAUGCAGCAUCAGUUUUUCAGAUUGGGCCGUUUUCUGGCUGACAUUUCUAAAAGAGGAAUUUCUAUGGGACUGAGAUGUUUAGCAUGUUUAGCACUUUUUGUAUGUUUGUGAAUGUGGGUAGACUACCAUUAUUCAACAAAGACAUGAAAAAAUGGUUUUUCAUUCUCUGUCCCCUUUAAGGUAUAAUCCUUUAAUAUUUUUAAGGUAUAUAUUUAAAUAAACCUAUGAGGGUACAGCCCCAGUGACAGAAAGGGUACAGUUUUGUACCUUUUUUUCUAACAGUGUAUGGCACCGUAAAGCACCUUUACAGUGUUCUUGCAUGUAUUAAUGUGAUUUUUUUUUUGGCCAGGCAAACCCCUUGGCCACAUGGCUUAUAAUUUGUGCCAUCCUAAAUUAUACCUAUAAACAUUAAAUCUAAAAAACUGAAGGGGACCCUUGUGUAUAUAUGUGUAUAUAUUGUGUAUGUGUACAUUCUACAGUAUUUAUGAAUGCAACUAUCUGUAAAUUUCACAAAACAGCAUCCUUUGACAAAAUAUACUUUUAGAUCAAAGAUAGUGUUGAUAGUAAAAGAUUUCUGUAAUGACAGUAUUAUUGGCAGCUGUUUGCCAGUAACUUACUGUAAAUUUAAAUGCAUGUUAUUUACUGGCAACAGUUUGUUUAAAGUAACGGAGCCCCUAAGGGGACACGGAGCAAAAAUUAAAUAAAGUUUAGAUUCAUGAGCUCACGCGAAAGUUUCACAUGUGCGAACGAUAGUUUCACAUUAUCACGCGAUAGUUUCAAGUGGGGACGCGAAACUAAACUUUAGUUUUUUUUACUCCAAUGUCACCAAUUUUGGCGCUUUUCCAUUGCAUAGUACCCCACGGUUUGGUUUAGUUUGGGUCAGGUCAGCUUACUUUUGGGAGCUUUUCCAUUGGGUGCAGUACGUAGUACCCGGUACUUUUUUUGUACCAUUUUGGGUUGGGGUUCCAAGCGACCCGAGCUGAUCCCAAACGUGACGCGAAAACACAGUAGAUCACUGAUUGGUCAAUCGUCACGAAGCGUCAUCGCUACAAUGUAAAGAUUAGCUUUACCUUAAGUGUUUGCUUGCGCUGUCUCAAGGAAAAAUGUUGUCAAUCUGUGCUCUGCUAUAAGUUCCCAAACUCCCUUUUAGCGAUGAAAAACAUCGACAGGUUGAGAAUCAGGGACACCAUAACAGUUUUUUCCAAACUUGCAGUUUGUGGCGGAACAUUCGCGACGAGCACGUCAGUAUUAUAUGCUUAAAUGCAACUUCAAUGAGGCUAGCGGAGUGCGUCAACUACUGACGCCACAGGUGUUUAAACUGAAACUGUCAAGAGAGAUAGAGGUAACCUUUGUAAUAAACGCGAUAUGCAAACAUCUAUUUGUGGUGGUCAAUUUGAAUUUUGUGGCGGGCUGAUAAAUAAAUAAAUGAAUGGGAAUGUACAAGGACGCUUUCACUUGUAUGAUGUCACAGCAGUAGGCAGCGUAAAUAUAACGACACGCCUAUAAUCCCUCCCACUCCGAAGUGAUACCAAACUCGAUGGAAAAGCUAACUACGCCAAAGUGAGGUGAGCUGACCCGACCCAAACUAAACUAAACCGUGGGGUACUAUGCAAUGGAAAAGCGCCAUUAGGGGCUCGGUAUUAAGUUAAUUGAUCAUUAAACAUUAACAAGUCUUAUCUUUACAGAAUAAAACUUAAAUAACACCAUCAUGCAAAUCAUUCUGUGAAACAAAAUCUGAAGGAAACAAACUGAAAAGGUUGAUACGAUUUCUGUUUCCCAGAAUGCUAUGCUUUGCAUGAGGCUGUUAUUUUAUUCUGUAAAGAUAAAGACUUGUCAAUGUUUAAUGUUCAUUUAACUUUGAACAAACUGUUGCCAGUAAAUAACAUCAAUUUAAAUCUACAGUAAGUUACUGGAAACAGCUGCAUAACUACAGUAAAUGUUUUACAGUGUAUGUGUUUAAGUAAAAAAAAAUUUUCAUUCUGUCAACUACCAACAACAUUUUUGCCAAAUUCUUAACAAAUUUUUUUUGCAUGUAUUUACUGAAUAUUGAAAAGGGAAAAACAUGAUCAAAAUAACAAAAAAAUACGUGUUUUUCUGAUUUUUAAUACUGCAGAGAAAACAAAUUCAAAUUAAUUUCUCAACAACAAAAUACUAAUGUUUUACAUGUAUUUUAGGAAAAAAUCUUAAUUUUUUUGGAAUAAAAAGAUUUUUUGUUACAUC